UGUCAGUGAGUGUGUCAGUGAGUGUGUUGCUGGCCUGCCUGCCAGAGAGGGGAGUCGAGAGCUCUGCUGGGAACUACAUGGUGCUCAAUUUUUCAAGAUGUCGUCGCUGGAACAGAGGCUGUCGCGAAUCGAGGAGAAACUAAAGCAGGAAAAUGAAGAAGCUCGCCGGAGAAUCGACCUCAACAUCGACAUGAGCCCGCACCGGUCACGUCCGAGGCCCAUCAUCGUGAUCCAGCUCAGUCCUGCUCCAGCCCCUUCCCAGCGCGCAGCGCUCCAGCUGCCCCUUGCCAACGAUGGAGGCAGCCGUUCGUCAUCCUCAGAGAGCUCACCUCAGCACCACCCUUACACCAGCCGCCCACGACCCAUGCUCCCCCUUCCCACGCCUCCUUACGGCCUGCAGAAGAGCCUAGAGAAUGCAGAGAUCGACCAGAAAUUGCAAGAGAUCAUGAAACAGACGGGUUAUCUAAAGAUCGACGGUCAGCGGUAUCCAGCAGAGGUAACAGACCUGAUUAGUGAGGGGGAGAUCGGCAGUGGGACUUGUGGACAGGUCUUCAAAGUGCGAUUCAAGAAGACAGGCCAUGUGAUCGCUGUCAAACAAAUGCGUCGUACAGGAAACAAGGACGAAAACAAGAGGAUCUUGAUGGACCUGGACGUGGUGCUGAAGAGCCAUGACUGCCCUUACAUCAUCCAGUGCUAUGGCGCCAUAGUGACCAAUACGGACGUAUUCAUUGCCAUGGAGCUGAUGGGUACGUGUGCUGAGAAGCUGAAGAAGAGAAUCCAGGGCCCCAUUCCAGAGCGGAUCCUCGGAAAGAUGACAGUGGCAAUAGUGAAAGCAUUGUUGUACCUGAAAGAGAAACAUGGUGUCAUCCACCGGGACGUCAAACCCUCCAACAUCCUGCUGGACGAUAAAGGUCAGAUCAAACUGUGCGAUUUCGGCAUCAGCGGACGCCUCGUCGACUCCAAGGCCAAGACACGCAGUGCCGGCUGUGCUGCAUACAUGGCGCCUGAAAGAAUAGACCCUCCAGAUCCUACCAAACCUGAUUAUGACAUCCGAGCAGACGUGUGGAGUCUUGGCAUCUCUCUGGUGGAGCUGGCUACAGGACAGUUUCCCUACAAGAACUGUAAGACAGACUUUGAGGUUCUGACCAAAGUGCUGCAGGAAGAUCCUCCUCUCCUGCCUCUCAGCAUGGGUUUCUCUCUCGACUUCCAGUCCUUCGUCAAAGACUGCCUCACAAAGGAUCACAGAAAAAGGCCAAAAUACCACCAGCUGCUGGAGCAUAGUUUCAUCCGGCGUUACGAGGUGCUGGAUGUGGACGUGGCUGGUUGGUUUCAGACGGUGAUGGAUCGCACCGAGUCGCCUCGCAGCAGCCAGUGUUAUAGCCAUCAGCACCAACUCCAUUCACUCUUCAGUAGGUAGCCUAGCCUUGACCAGCACGGCGUUAGCUUAGCCAUACGCUAGACUAGACUAGCUUUAGCUUUGCCAAGUCCAGACUCAGUCUGUUCUAGUCUAGUCGUUAGCAGCUAUAGCUAGCGCUAGACCCAAUCUGCCUGUCCAUCUGUCCACCGGAGAACCUGAAGAGCCCACAGAGGAGGGAGAGACGGAGACUCACUGGAGGACUGGAUGGACAGAUGGAGUAAUGGAUGACAGAUGAAAUGGAUGGCUAGAUAGAAGACAUAGGUUUAAUUGUGUGUUGAAUUUGGACAGGCUGACAUGGGGAGGAGGGAACAGGAAAAGGUGCACACUGUAGUUAGUACCAUUUCAUUUACACACUGUUACAUCACAUCACGUCACAAUGUGUAACAGGCACACACUGUCAUACAAGCUGUUCAUGUCUUGUAUGUGCGUCUGCAUUUCCUCCACUAGCUUCUUCACCAAUAUCUACAAUGUCUGUUUCCAGCAUUGAUCCAAGACAUUGGAUUAUUCAACAGAGUAGUCACUACACACUGGAACAAAGCAUCUGCUAUUUAAGCAAACACAAAUCGCUCUUGUAUAGAAAUGAUUAGGAGGACAAAACGAUGUCUGGUGCAAUGAUGAUUCUUCAGGUGUUUCUGAUAUCACACAUUCUCAGGCUGUGUCUAUAUGUGGUCGUAGUGUGUGUGUGUGUGUAUGUGUGUGUGUGUGUGUGAGAGAGAGUGAGAGUAAACACCUUCAUGUGUGUAUGUAUGAAUUAAUAUCACUGGCUGUAUUUAUAAGUGAGGUUAUAAAUCACUUAUUCACCUUCACACUACAGCUCUAACACACAAUUGUUUAACAUGUAAGGCUGGUAAUCCUAUAUACAUCAUUUUAUUUAGCAGCUGCAUAAUUGGAAAAACAAUGGAAAAAUAUUACAAAAAAAUUAGUGUUGCAUUGUAGCUUUCUAGAAGGGUAAUUUAUGAUUUUAUUUUUUGUGUAUUCAGAGUUGAACGAAAAGAGGAGUUCUUGAGAUGGAGGGAUAUGAAGAAGAGAAAUGAUGAAAUGUGAGAUGGAAAGGUAGAAGAAGAAGAGGGAAGUUGAACGCUUUCUGAUAACUGCUUGGGAGACUUAACUGUUACUAGUGUGAGAAACAAGAGAAGGAGUGGAGGUAGAAAUGGGAGCUAAUUCACUGAGAUGGCAGAGAGUAUGAGCUGAUCUUGUACAAAGAAUAUAAGUGGGGUAGAUCUUAUUACCUGUGGAGCAUUUCUUUACUUCACUCUCUGUUGGUCUACCUCUUCCUCUUAGCCCACCUCUCUGUCUGCAUGGGCAGUUCAGUGUGGCGUAGUGCUCCACAGGGUUACCAGACCAAAGGCAGCAUGCAGGUUGUUGUUGGUGACGGACAAAAGAAUUAGACCUGCUCCUACAAAAUAUCUGAUAUUAAAAAUUCACAAUGACAGGUCUUGUUAAAGUUGUUUUGGUGUCAGUAGAACCUCUGGGAGGGGUGCCAAACUAACCUGGAGGCCUGCACGAUACAGUUUCAUCUAAAAAAAUGUCCCUCCUCAGAUUUUGAGAUACACAUAAAGCUUGUUAUCAGUUAUAUAAGACCACUUUCAACAUUUGAAAUACACUUUUUUGUUCCAAUUAUUUUCUUCUACAUCUUGUCAGAAACUGUUCUUUGGACAAAAAGUCGCAAACUGACUUUAUAUUCAUCAAGUAGAGAUCUGUUACCCACAGCAAGUUGGCAGUAAGAGCCAUAGAGCUGAACUGAUAUUGGAUCUCAAGUGGUGGAUACUUGUGAUCCGAUCUCUCAGGACUGAAAUUCUGGCAUUUUUCUUUUUCUUUCAAAUUUUUUUUUUCUGGUGAUUAACUGAUGAAUUCAUCAAGUAGAUGCAAAUAUCAGUUAAAAUAUAUAAUUGCUGUUUAAUGGAGAAAAAGAAUGAUCCACCAAGCAGUCUCCAGGUAAUUCAUGUUUGACCCCCUGACCUCGAGGACUGUUGUUAAAAUGAAACGGAGUGUGUCAGGCUUGACAAACAGACACGUCAGAACUGGUCACUGUGUGUGAAACUCCUGUGUAUAGAGAUAUAAAUGUAUGUAAUGAUUUGAGGUCCACAGAGACAGACUGACUAGAGUCUUACUGCCUCCCCUGAUGCAGGGCCACAGCCAAAGCCUGCUAGAUGUGCAGUCUCACGCUCCAUCACGCAGCAAACCAAAUCACUGCUAGACACAGAGAGCCGAGGAGGGGGCAGCCAUAGAGACAGGAAACUGUUAAGUGUCGGGGGGAGAGAGAGAGUUCCAGGAAUGUUGUCAAGAGGGCAGAAAAGACGAGUGAUAUGACAUGACAGGAAGAGGAGAGCAGAUGAUGGAGUAAGGUGGGAAGGAAGAGGGCGAGUGUAAAGAAAGUGGGAUGGUAAGUUAAAGAAGAGUUAGAUGGUGUUAGAUGAGAGGAAGUCAAGUUUGUGAAAAAGGAGAGAAAAACAGAAAGGAAAACAGGCCAAGUUUCACAGCACUGCCGAGCUCCGAGGCUGAUCAUUGUAAAAAGCUUUCAUGGUGUCAGCACCAACCUACCAAUUCUGAUUUUAGCCACUGAGUUAGUGUGUUGCGUUUGUGAUGUUUACUGUUCUGUUCAAAUGAUGUUAUUUAUUUAUAUGGCUGCUGCUGCUACCUUUUUAUUGCUUUAGACGCUGCUGUCACUUCGUUUCCCCAAAGGACAAAUACUUUAUUCUCGUUCUUUUAAGCCAAAUAAGUGAAAUAAUGCAAUGUCUACACGUGUUACCAAAUACUGAAAAGCAAGUCUGAAGAGAGCAAAAGUAAGUGAGAGAUGAGGAGAUGGUUGGAAGAGAAAGUGCAGGGAGGCUGACGUCACAAAAGUACUAACUCACACAAACUAUAAAGACACACCUCACCUCAAACAUAGCUGUGUGUGUAACACAAGUAGUUAACCGGUUCUAUCCCAGCACCACACUACAAGCCUGUCCAGUGUAGAUAUGAUUAGAGGGGAUGUCUGUCUGUCCAGAUGCUUUUUUUAUCUUAUUUUAUUUACCCCACAUCCAUCCAAUGCUCUGUCCAUCCAUCCCUCCAUCUGUCCACAGGUCGCCUGCAAGCUUGACAACUUUGACAGUUCACACCAAAGGUGACCACGACGCAACAAGAAUACAAAAGAGCAUUGUUGUUAUUGUUAUUGACAUUAUAAUUAAUUCCUAUCAGCUAUGAUAUAUGUGAGCUCUCUCUAGCUAGUUGGGGUGGUGCUGUAUUAUAGCAGUGCCGUGUAUGUGUCAUAUACUGUACAGGGGGAGACUGGUGCAGUAACACACUACAGGGGAAAGAAAAACCAGCUGCUCAGUCGUUCAAACUCACCACAGGCCGUUACCUGACCUCACUGAGGCCUCAGCGUUAACCUGUAACACACAGCUGGCUCUGUCAAGGGAUAAAUUAAAGGAUUAUCUUAUCUUCAUAGAAUGAGUAGAAGCAGAGAUGCCCUCAUUUAAAGAACCUAGUAUGGAUUGAGCACCUGAAACCCUUAGGUUUCCUCUUGAUGUCACCCUGAUGUAAUGAUCUUAAGCACUAUUUUCUGAGACUCUAGGAAGCUCUGUCCAGUAACGCAGAAAGUCACAAUUAUUUGUCCAAGCUGAGGAUAAUGAGCCAACAUGGGUGUCUUUUUUGUUGAGAUUUUAUUCAACAUUGUGACACUUCAAGCUUUGUUUCAUACUAAAAAUAUGUGAAAAUUGUGACAGACCCCUUAAACAUAGUUUCAGUUGUGGAUUUUUAAUCUGACAGUGGACACGUGGUUGUGUUAAAGAACCAAUAACUAAAUGACCUUUCAUUUCAAAGGGCUGAAAUGAACCUGCUCUGAGGCAGGUUAGCUAUGAAGUAUAGGUUACCAUGGUGAUGUAGAAAGGAGCCAGCUUUGAGAUACAGGAAAACCAGCUCCUCUGUCUUGGUGAUGCCGGCCCCUGAGCAGAUGUGGUGUUGGCCGAUCUGUUAGCUGAGCCUUCAUCUGGUUUUAACGUCGAAACCAGAUGUGACCUGAUUUAAAGCCACGGUUUACUUCCCCACUGAACAGGGCUCUCCUGCUCUCAGAAACUCUCCACACGGUGGAGUUCAGGGCUCCUUGUGACAGAUCUCCCUGCUAAAACUGUUGUAUAUAGACCUGGAUCUGGUGCUUAGCAUCUGUGAGCUGUACUGUUCCGCCAGCACAGCCUGAGAUGUCUUCAUUGGUGCAGUUUCAAAUAUAAUCACUGUAGGAGACGAUGCACUCUCGCUGCAGCGUUUACUCUCCAAACUCUCGUGUGUCUCGACUCACCCCUGUCCACAGCUGGACCCAGUCUCCCACUGUCAAGGUUUCCUGUUAUUAAGCUGAAGUGUAUUUUAGAAACACACACACUCACUCGACCAGGCUGCUCGAGUGCAUUCCCAUCCAGACGUCUGAUUGGCUGACAGCGCAGAAACAUCUGAUCACUCAUCUACACACGCACCAAAUGUAUAAAUCGGUCCCACUCUACCCAGCACUGCUGGCUGCUGCCCCCAGUGGCUCCAUGUGUACAUUAGCCUGUCAGGUGCAAGGCCAGCGGUGUAUAAAGACAACACCUUGUAUAUACACUGUGCCGUGGCACCGAGUGAGAGUGUGUGUGCUUGUCUUAACCCCAUCUGUAAGUAAACCAAAUAUCAUUUUCACUAUGCAGUCAUUCAAACCAUGUCGGCUUGCUUCGAUGGGAAUAAAUUAAAAAAAAAGGCCUCCUGUACAUACACAGAUUUAAACUGGCGACGGUGUGUUUUCCUUUUCAACCCCCUCAAUCUGAUCAACAUCACCGCCUUCAGCUAGUUCACAGAGCAGAGACAGAGCAAGAGAUAUGUUUUGAAUGAGCUGACAAAUAUUUAAGGAUUGUAUUGGGGUCGGGGGGGGGGUCGGGGAGGGGCGGGGCUUAGACCGGGGUUCGUAGUUGGGGGGAGAUACAGAUCAAUGCUGUAAAGUAUAUCAAUUGCAUGUUAUUGUCACCACUGUGACUGCCAUUGUUUUGAUUUCUGUUUGUUUUUGUUUUACUUUUCUUCCAAGACAAUGGUCGGUUGGGACGGGGAUGCACAAAACUUUAUCCUUAUUUAUGAUUUUUACACAUAUAGUCUGUAUUUUUGUUGAAUUACUGUGUACUUAGAAAAAGACACACUUUUUGCCUUUUUUUUUUUUUGGUUCUCUGUCGACUUUGCAAUAUACUUUCUCUGUUUGGACCCAUCACUAGUUGUUGAGGAGGAGGAGGAGCUGUGUGUUUAUCAGCAGUCAGUGUUUGUUAGAAGUGUCCUGUUUCCUCUCGUUACGUGCCGUGUGUCCUUCUUUUCAGUUAGCUGUGUGAGCGUGCUGAGAGUGUGUGAAGUUUAUUUGUCUACCAAAAGUCUUUAUUGACGAUGAUUAUUAUUAUUAUUAUUAUUAGCUUUUAUUUUUGUCCAUUGUUUUGUUUUUUAUUAUUAUGAUUACUGUUUUGUUUUAUUAUUAUUAUUAUUACUAUAUUAUUAUUCAGGGCAAAGAUGACACCAAAUUGAACAAAGAAAUAAAGCGUGUGAUCCCAGACAGACAGGUUUCUUUAGCUGGCGAGGUGGAGCGCUCGUUUUACUCACCGUUACGCUGUAGUGUCUAUCCACCUGAUUCAGACCACCACAUAAAGAUAAACCCGAAGUCUAAUAGUAUUUUUGUAUUAUUAUUAUUAUUAUUACAAUUAUAAUUAUUAUAGAUUGUUUUCCUUUGAUCAGGCAUCAUGAUCAAUUUAUUGUUUAUAUAUUAUAUUUUCCCCAGUUUGGGUCAUAAAUUGUGUGCUGUUAUUUUAUUCUUUCUUUUUCCCCUCUGCUUUGGAUUUUUAUUUUAUGAUUAUUAUUAUUUUUUAUUAUUUGUUCUGGUUUGUCUGAUGCUGUAGUAACAAGCUAAUGGUCAAACACCAGAGCUUUUAUUUUUUUCUUUCUUUUCUUUUUUUGUAAUGCUGAGACUGAUGUUGCACUUCUUGGGUUUUAUUUAGUUUAGUUUUGUGCUGCAGAUUGGGGUGGUUGUUGUUGUUGUUGUGCAGAGAGGAGAAUGUCAGGUGUUUUCCUUAUUUUCUUAAAGUCACAGCAGUUAUUUUAUCAAUCAUAUACAUCUGUGACACAGAGCAAGAAAAUGAUUCAACAGUGUAUUUUUCUCACUGAUAUUUAUUUAUUGGUCAUUUGUAUGUUGUUAUUAUUUUUUUUUAAUUUGUUUUUAAGUGUGUUGCUUUUUUGUGGAGGGCAAACAGGACUCAAGGUAGAGGAGUAGUCUCUCAUUGGCAUUUUCUCAUUGUGUAGAGAAAGCAGGAUAUUGAAUCAUCACACUAACUGUUGAGUAGAUUAAAAAUAGAAACCUGCAGCACAGUAACGUGAACUGUUCUUGGCUUCACUGCAACUGUCACACGUCCAUUAUUUUGUUUACUGUUUACCCUCUCAGAAGGCCUCGACAAACAAAGCGCCCCUGGUUUAAAGCCUCGGCGUCGUGUAUUUGACUCUUUGUGCUCUCUAAUAACUCCCAGUUAAAGCUUGGUUAUCUGAGAGUUUAAUGGUUUUUAAUCAAUUAGUUGUGCCACCUACAAAACUAUUUUUCAGGUGUUUCCACUGAUGAUAACUACUAUGAUAGCGAACUGAUUGGCUUGUUUUUAACCUGCACUCCCUGAUAGCAAGGUGGGACGCACCCUGCUUUGAUUUGAGGUUUGUUGCUUGGUCUUUCAAAAUGCAGUUGUCGGUUUAGAUUGCAUGACUUUGCUAGGUGUCAGGGUGGGGGGGGCGGGGGGAGGACUGACUCCAGUCACUGCUGGUGCAGUUCAGAGGCUUCUCGUACGUACCACACACCCUGGAUAAGUUGGCAGUUGUACCAAUCGACACAGCUUUACUGUCCGUUUAUUCUGAUUUCGUUCGUCCGUUUGUUUGUUGGUUUUUGGCUGUAUUUUAUCCCCCUCCCUCCCCCCAGUCUCAUUUCAAACAGAAUAAAUGCCAUUAUAUUGUGAAUACCUCAGGAUUUUUUUGGAGAAAAAAAUAAUAAAACACUUAAAAAUCAAAUAAAUAAAUAAAUAAAAACUCAUUAAAAAUG